AUGCCACCCGAAUUCAGUUCCUCCAUCUUCAACCGCACUAGCAUGCUCCCGCAAAUGGACCAUUCCGUUCACAUUGAACCUCCCACCUUCUCUUCCAAUGGCCCUGUCCUCACGACCGACUCCCAGAUGUCCACAUCGACGAGAGCUUGCAGAAAGUUUCCGUAUAAUUCAGCCCGAAGACGUCCCUCCGCCUAUGGCUUGCCACUCAGCUAUGACGAUCCUUUGGCUGCCCUGCCUUCAGCAUCUUCCUUUCCAACUAUAACUCAGCCCACACCCUCCUGCUCCGGUCAAACUAUUGCUUCUCAUCAUCUAUCUCCGGGACCUCCUCCUUCCUGUUACAGCCGACCUUGCCCAUCCUCUAUGAAGAUUCCAAAGCCUCCGGGAGAGGUUGGAAGGCCUGGGAGGGGUGGUUAUAAUCUUCGAAAGAUAUUGGGAUGGUCCAGACAAGAUUACGACAAUGUGAAGAAUUUCAUCAAAAUACUUGUUGCACGCCUGGAAAAUAACGUCCCGUUCACACAACUUUCCCUUGUCAAUAUCACUCAUAUCAGAAAUCAGGCAAGUACUUUAUACCUCCGAAUCUAA